GCCAUCUUGUGGUUAUGAUCAACUCAGCAAACGUGGUGAUGAGUACAAAAGGGCUUCUUUUUGUUUGUUUUGAACUCUUUCAGCACUUUUCUUUACGUUAACUCUGUGGCAUUUGGCGACACGAUGUUUUAUUUAUGUAAACAUUCGAUUGAAUAUAUAGUUUGUCUAAAUUGGACAGGAAUUAGUAAUCUGUUAAUUGGAUUACUCGUCGUUUCUGGUGUGACUGUGACUUCACUUAAAGCACUGUUUUACAGGUCACCACAACGAACUCUUGGGUUCGACCCGUUUUAUAGUUUGUUAAUACAAAGUUAAUUAUAAUCUGACGAAAGGGGAGUUCUUGAAGUAUUCUUAGAUCUGUAGAGAUGGCAAUAUUUUUUCUGUAUUAUAUUCUUGCAUGUAUCUGUGGAACAAGUCUAGGUAAUGUGACCUCAAAUGAGAAGAUUUACUCUGACAACAUCACUCGAAUUCUGGAUCGACUUUUAGAUGGUUAUGACAAUAGACUGCGACCUGGAUCUGGAGGUGGCAUUACAGAAGUGAAAACCGACAUCUUUGUCACAAGUUUUGGACCUGUUUCCGAUGUUGAGAUGGAAUACACCACAGACAUGUUCUUUCGACAGAUGUGGGUUGAUGAGAGACUGAAAUUUGAGGGGCCCAUUGAAAUCCUGCGGCUGAACAAUCGCAUGGUAGAUAAGAUCUGGACACCGGACACCUUCUUCCGAAAUUCCAAGAAGUCCAUUUCCCACAACAUGACCACACCGAACAAGCUUUUCCGUAUUAUGCAAAACGGCACUGUUCUCUACACAAUGAGACUGACGAUUAGUUCAGAGUGUCCAAUGAAUCUUAUGGACUUCCCAAUGGAUGGUCACGCAUGCCCUCUAAGAUUUGGAAGCUAUGCCUACACCAGCAGUGAAAUCAUCUUCACUUGGAGGAAAGGCCCUAUAAAGUCUGUUGACUGUCCCAAAGAGUCCAUGAGUCUUUUGCAGUACGAUCUAGUUGGACAGACGUUGUCCAGUGAGAUUUUCAAGUCAAACACAGGUCACUACUCUGUACAGGUGGUCCAUUUCCACCUCCAGAGGAAGCUGGGAUACUACCUCAUCCAGACAUACAUUCCACUUAUCAUGGUUGUCGUGCUGUCACAAGUGUCCUUCUGGAUCAAUAAGGAGUCCGUCCCUGCGCGAACAGUCGCCGGCAUCACCACAGUGCUAACAAUGACCACCCUCAGCAUCAGCGCCCGCCAGUCACUCCCCAAAGUGGCCUACGCCACAGCCAUGGAUUGGUUCAUCGCUGUGUGUUUCGCCUUCGUGGCCUCGGCUCUGAUCGAGUUUGCUGCAGUCAACUACUUUGCCACACUGGAGGCCAACAGUUUGAAGAGGAAGAAAGCCCGACAAGACAAGCUGGAGGUUUUGGCUACUGCCAGUGAUGAUGACGACACAAUUUCGGAAUCCAACAUCAGCAAUCAAGAAGGCCUAAAGAGGAGAAACCACUCAGUCUGCCGCAGUGAAGCGACAGAGGUGCCGGCCGUGCCGAUAUUCCUUCAGCAGGGUUCGGCUUUCCCCCAAAUUCCACAGCUGGCCGGCACAAGUCCCAUCGACAAGUACGCCCGCAUUCUGUUCCCAUUGACGUUUGGCCUCUUCAACCUUGUCUACUGGUACAUUUACCUGGCCAAGGACACUAUGGAAAGAGCCAGGGAUGUGGAUCCAACCUCUUAAAAGCAAGAGGACCAGGAAAAGGGCACGUGCAGAGCGAGAGACAACCCUCCUCCUCCCCCCGCUGCUCUCUCUCUUUCUCUCUCUCUCUGUGAACCUCUCAGCAUUUGUUCUGCUCUCAUCUGACGG